GUCUGGGUUGGAGGGGUGUCCGCAUGCGUAGUGCCGCGCGGUCCGGGUUCCACUCUCACCUGGUUCCGCGCGCUGCCAGCCUGGGCUUUCGGGCAAAGGUUCGUUCGGACAGCCCGGGGCCACGCUGUCUCGGUGCACAGCCUUUUGUGGCGCAAUAGCAGUUGCAAGUGUCGGUCCGUCUGGCCGUUCGAGCAGCCGGGGUGGCUGCGACAGAACGAGGAACACCAGCCCCGGCGAAGAUGAUGAGGUUUCUGAGGAGGACGUUCGGGCGCCGCUCGGUCCGCCGCUACACGGAUGAGCGGGAUGGCGGCAGAGGAGGCGGGAGCGCCGCAGCCCGGGAUCUGGGCACUGUUGCCGGCGCUGGGGUUCGGUCCCCCACACCUGUUCCCAGUGGCACCACGGUGCACAUCCCCGCAGCAGGCAACAGUAAGUCGAUCCUGACCUGCAAAGUGCAGCUUUUGGAUGGUACAGACGUCAGUGUGGAACUGCCGAAAAAUGCAAAAGGUCAAGACCUAUUAGACCAGAUUGUUUACCAUUUGGACCUUGUGGAAGUAGAGUACUUCAGUCUGCAGUUCAUGGAUGUCUAUCAAGUUUCGCACUGGUUAGACUGCACAAAACCGAUCAAGAAACAAGUGAAAAUUGGACCUUACAGUUUCCACUUCAGAAUAAAAUUCUAUUCCUCUGAACCAAACAAUCUUCGAGAAGAAUUUACACGAUAUCUGUUUGUGUUGCAACUUAGACAAGAUAUUCUUUGUGGCAAAUUGAAAUGUCCUUAUGAUAUUGGUGUAGAGUUGGCUGCUUAUUGCCUUCAAGCGGAGCUUGGGGACUGUGAACCUCUGGAACAUUCUCCAGAACUGGUGUCAGAAUUCCGGUUUAAUCCCAAUCAAACUGAGGAUAUGGAGAUAGAUAUUUUUGCACGGUGGAAGGAUUGCAGGGGGAAAAGCCCAGCACAAGCAGAACUAUGUUAUUUGAACAAAGCUAAAUGGCUAGAAAUGUAUGGUGUGGAUAUGCACACUGUUAAGGGAAGAGAUGGAUAUGAAUAUUCCCUUGGUUUGACACCAACAGGCAUAUUGAUCUUUGAAGGAUCAAACAAAAUAGGCUUAUUCUUUUGGCCCAAAAUUACACAGCUGGAUUUCAAAAAAAACAAAUUAACACUUGUUGUUGUGGAGGAUGAUGAACAGGGUAGAGAGCAGGAGCACACAUUUGUUUUCCGAUUAGAUAAUUCCAAAGCAUGUAAACAUUUAUGGAGAUGUGCUGUGGAGAAUCAUGCAUUUUUCAGACUACGAGCUCCUACUCAAAAUAAAGAGGGACGAUCAGAUUUCAUGCGUCUAGGAUCUCGCUUUAGAUUCAGUGGUCGAACUGAAUAUGAAGCAACACAUAAAAGUAGAUUGCGCCGGACAAGUACAUUUGAAAGGCGCCCAAGCAAACGCUAUCCUUCACGACGACAUUCCAUGAUUAAAGGUCCAAAUGCAGUGAAAUAUGGACACCCCAGUUCACAGAACAGUGCAGGAAUGUGUGGAUACCAGACUCCAUAUAUGUGCAACAUACCCCCUGUGCAACAACACUGGCAUUCCAGUAAUGUUAGCCAUCCUUUGAUAGCACCAUUAUUAAACAGCACCGAUCUACAGCAGUUCACCAUAGAAGAGAACGGAGGAACACCAUUCACUGGAAAAACUGCAGGAAGGCAUCACCACCCCAACCUUGGUCUGGUCACCUUGGAGUUGGAAGACACAGAUGCUUACCCUGGAAUGCCAAGCCCAAGCAAGUUGAGCUCAACUGUUCUUCCACACUAUGAGGAGGUUGGCAUAUGUUUUAAGCAGUUGGAAGUUGAAGCCAGUAAGCUGACUGGACAGUGGCCCUCAUUACAUAUCAACAUGAAUAACAAGGGUGAGGAAAAGAAGCUUUUAGAAAAGGGGCUACAUUCUCCUGCAUCACCCUCUUCUCUCCCUGAUCAGAUGAAGAGCAACAUCAUUAAAGCCCAGAUGGAUGCUGCACUGAAGGUGGGAGCCCAGCUUAAAAAAGAAGAGCCAGUCCUGAGCAGCCAAAAUAAAUCCUCAGGUACACCAGUGGACAGUGGAAGGUCUUUAGAGCCAUCCCAAGAUGGUACAUCAGUAUCUGGAGUUCAGGAGAAACAGCGGCCAAAAGCUCCACGCCUAAGGAAGCUUACAAGACAAUACAGCUUUAAUCACAGUGAUGAGGAUGACCUGCCUCCUGCAUUAGCAGCAGCCACUCGAAACAGCCCUCCCCCAGUCAGCAAACAGUCCAAUUCCGAUGUUCAGUUACAAUAUCCCACUUGCAUUAAGAAUAGUUUGGAAGAAGAUCAUACAGAGUUGGCUUCUCCAGGAGAUCUACUGAUGGACUUCACUGAGGCCACUCCUCUGAUAAAGACAGUACCAGCUCAUCCUUUUUCACCUUUGCCACAAUUUCCAGUUGAAUUAGCAGAUAGCCUAUUGCAGUGUUAUGAAUUUCCACCAUCUCCAGGAAAACCCUCACCAGUAACGCCUUUGCAUGUGGCUCGAGCUCCAAAUGAUUCAUCAAAAUCUUCAUCAGUGACAUUUAUACAUGCAACCAGGCCUCUGACUAAUCCAGGAAAAUCAUCAGUAACAACUGUGCAUGCCAUGAGGCACCUGAAUGAUCCAGGAAAAUCUUCAGUAACAACUAUGCAUGCAAUUAGGCCUUUAGCUGAUCCAGGAAAACCUUCAUCAGUAUUGCCUUUGCAUGUCAGUAGACCCCGGACUGAUGCAGAAGUAUCAUCAUCAGUAAUGCCAUUGCACGCGAUUAGAUAUCCAAGUGAUCCGGGAAAGUCAUCAGUAACACCCUUGCAUGCGGCUAGACAUCUAACUGAUCCAGGAGUUUCGUCAUCAGCAAUGCCUUUGCAUGCAAUUAGGUAUUUGAGUGACCCACUCCCACCAGUUCAACACAGUGCGUCUCCAACAGACAGUGCUGAUAAUGUGAGACGUGAACUGGAUCGAGAGAAGAUAAUGAAGCGUCUUUUGAUGACAGAACUGUGAAAGUGCAGCUUGGAUCAGCUGGCGAGAACUGGACCAAGGCCUCUGUGUGCCUUUUGUCUGUUUACAUUCCUUGGAAGUCAGACAAAGCAGCUUCAAUGUUCGCAAUCUGUUAACUACAUUGUGAUUCAUAAGAACAUUUUUGUUUCCAUACUGAACUGGAUGUUUACAUUACUCUCCUGCUUUAAUCAGGAAAGAGAUGCUUUACAAGGGUCAACAUAAACUUAUUUUCCAAUACUGCCUCUGUAAAAUGUGUCACCAAUGCAAAAAUGUGAAGGCUUGCUUUAUUGAAAAGGCCAUUCACAACAAGUGCUGUACACAGCUUUCUUUAAAUAUAAGAAAUCAAAGUCUGUAUAUAUUUGCACUAUGCAUUGGAGAAUAUUUUGAUAGGAUUAUGGAAAAGUCAUUUUGUAUAACCAGAGCUAAUUCUGAGCCAUUACAUUUUGCUGGUCUACUUUUAUUUGAAAGAGUAAACUUUACAAUAGAUCUAUCAAUAUUUUUAAAAUAAAAGCUCUACAGCCACCUUAAUACCAAAAUUCAAACCUAUUCAACAAGUUGCAUGUGUCCACAAUAUACUCCAGCAUUAGGUAUAUCUUAAAUCAAGACAAGACCUUAGCGAAAUGUUUGUGCCUAAGAUGCAAUUCAUAGAAUGAUACAGCACAUGAAUGAGACUUUGGGCUCAUCCUCCAGAGAGAUAAAUGAAAGAAAUUCUUAGAAAAAUGUGAUUGAACUUGUUUUGAAAGAAAAGUUGACAAAGAGCCUUGUAUAAAAUUAAACCCACAAUAUUUUGAAAGAAUUUGGUGGAAUUGAAUCAAGUAGGUUAAUAUUCUACUGUAAAACUAGACAUUUUUGCCAAAUAAUAGC